AUGACGAAUGAGUACUUUGAACUUCCCAAGGACGAAUUCAAAGGGAAUUGGCUUACGUGCUCCUAUGGAUUUGGAUUUUGUCCUAAAACAAAGCAUUACAAAGUAGUAAGAAACUUCACCGUGGAAGAUAGAAACUCCACCGUCCAUAAUAACUACAAAUCAGAGAUUUUUGCUUUUGGGACCCGGCAGGAAUGGACGCGUAUUGAGUCACCGUCCUGUUCUUUUAAUGGAUGUCAUGGUGUUUACUUGAAUGGAGGGUUGCAUUGGGUUGGACAAGAUGAUCUUCAUCAAGAUGUUAUUUAUGGUAUAAAUAUGGAAGAUGAGAAGUACAAGCACAUUCCUUUUCCUAAUAAUGAUGGUUAUUUUCCUUGUAUUGGAGUAUUUAAUGGUGCUCUUCAUCUAACUCUUUCUAUGGAGGGGCACGAGUACACGAUGUGGAAGAUGAAAGAAGAUGGUUCGUGGAUUAAAGCAUUUAGUGCCAGCAUACCAGAUGUGAGCAAAAAUAUUCUUUCUUUCUCACAGUCAACUGUGGAACAGAUUAAAAUAUGUAAAGAUGGAAAGAUCUUGUGUGUUUGGGCGGGAGCUGAAUUAGUGUUGUAUGAUCCAAAGACGGAGAAGAUGGAGAAGUUGAUGGAUGAUACAAUUGCGAGAGAUUUUUCGGUUCACAACAUCGACUCCUUUAAUUUUAAUGCUUUUCCGGAUAUUUUGACUGGAAAAAUAUGUAAAUUUUGA